GAGCUGAUCUUGUGCUCCGUGAUGACGUGUUACUUCAGCCUGCUCAGCUCCCUGGCACCCAGCUACAUCUGGAUGCGCGUCCUUCGUGGGUUGGUGGGAUGUGGGAUAGGUGGAGCCCCAAAAGCGUUAGUAAAUUCUAUUCUAUUCACAAUAAUUCCAAUAUAUAUAUAUAUAUAUAUAUAUAUAUAUAUAUAUAUAUUCUUUACAGAAUAGCUUUAAAAAUGUUUAACAGUUGUUCUAGUUACAUCCCUGGUAAUAUGAUCGAUCUAAUUAUAAAUCCUUGUAAAUGAAUAUAUUUGGGAACAUUUCAAAGGCGUAUCCAUAUUAAUAUUUCAUAUCUCAGGAAAGUCAAGGCUGCGUACUGAGCUUGAUCUCUUGAGACAAAAAAACACAACACGAACCAAAUGGUUUUAAAGUGCGCCUCGCAGACACACGGCCAGUGUUUCUUUCAGACAAUUUGUUCCGGGAGAGAGGACCAUUUCAGAUGUUAGGGUGGGAUGUGUCAGUGGCGUAGAAAGAGGGUGGAGGAGGCUGUACGCCCCUGGUGCACUUUUUUAUUUCGUGAAAGGUGGACUUUGUGGCCCAUCGCAGUUUUUAAUCGUGGAAAGUGAGAGAAGGGGUGGGGGGGGGGUAAAAAUCUUUGCCCGCCAAGACCUGCACUUAUCCUAGCUACGCUACUGGGAGCCAAAGCUAGACAUAAAGAAAACCAGGGCCAAGUAAAACGCCACCUAUGCCCCAACAUAACUAAAUUCGCUCCAGUUGUGGCACCCCCGAGGGUAUAUUUUUGGCACCCAGCUAAGCUUCACCCUUACAUCGUCCAACUAGUAGCACAGAAAAUAAUCUAUUGGUCAGUUCAAGCAGUUGGUGUAGUUAAAACUGUGGCGACAUUUUCCUCUUGAUUAGGAUAGGUUGGAAGAAAUCGAGGGAGCGGAUGGCUCCCAAACAAACGUGUUGAGGCUGUGAGCCCAUCCCCCAGAAAUCCAAAUAUAUCAGAACUGUUUUUGAUUCCAGUAUAAUCUAAUAUUCUGAGAGAAGAUAAUUUUGAGACAAAUCUUCUAUAAAUAUUGCAAUAAAAAAAUAACUCAAACUUUGUUUUCCAAGCAGAGUUACACUCCUGACGGAAUUCCUCCCCACGCAGUCGAGGGCGACUUGCGUGACCCUGAUAGAAAUCUUCUGGACAACGGGGGCG